AUGAGCGUUGUAGGGGUCUUCGGUAUCUCCUCUUGUGAGCUCACUAACAGUGUUGAGGAUGAUGCAAAAUGGAUCGUCUCGUACUUUGUUGACGUUUACAGCUGGGCUUUGACACUGCCUGAACUUCUGACCUUGAUGCAAAACGCUCGUGACUAUGUUUUCUCCGAUCAUGUUGCUGAGAGUCUACAACCAAGCCUGAAGUAUGUCAAGGGCUUUUUCGCUAUUACGGAGGAGUCUGAGUGCGGAGCGAAUCCAGUUCAGUGGAUGCUAGCAAUAGUGAGGAGACGAUCAGGCCCAAAGAUAUCGACACCGAGUUUGGCAACAAGAGCAAAGCCCCAGAUUCCGAAACCCCCACUCGACAGACUUGCCAUGGAUCGUGAUCAAGCUUCUUCACCAGCUCCAGGAGCUCAAGAAGAACAGACCCAAAAGUCCUCGGAAGGAAGCGAUUAA